AUGAGGUCAGAAAAGCAUUAUCAUGAAUUUUCACACCCUAUUGGCAAGACCCCUGUUAACACAAGCAUCAUCAUCCGUGUAAAGGAACUCUAUAACUAUCAAAAUUGGGUUCAAGAAUUUUAUUAUUCCAUUACACAAAAAGGUCAAGAAGGAGAACCCAAAAGUUCUAUAAACUAUUCUGCUCUAAAGGGUGUUAUUGAAGGAUAUUUUGGAUUUCAAUGGCAUCCUCAGGAUAUUGAUCUUGCUCUCCAAAUUGAAAAGCCAUUUGUAGAUGAUAAGAGUUCCACUGAAGAUAAAGGUCUCUUGAAAAAGUGGGAGAAAAGUGAUAGGCCGAGCAUAAUGUUGAUGCGAAUGCACAUUGAUGCAAACAUUAAAGGAUCACUUCCCAAACCUGAAAGUGCUAAAGACUUUAUGGAUAUCAUUAAGGAACGCUUUAAGACAGCGGAUAAGUCUCUGGCUGGGAAGCUGAUGUCUCAACUGACUACCAUGAAGUAUAACGGUGCACAGUCAAUGCACCAUCACGUGAUUGAAAUGAGAAGCAUUGCUGCUAAGCUCACUGAGAUGAAAUUAAAUGUGGAUGAGAACUUUCUCGUCCAAUUCAUUCUCAAUUCGCUUCCAGAUCAGUAUGCCGCUUUUCAAGUGCAUUACAACACUAUUAAGGAAAAGUGCACUGCCAAUGAACUGGCAAACAUGUUGGUUCAAGAAGAAGCUAGGUUAAAACAACUGAUAAGUGUCUAA